GUGAGCACUCAGUCUUCUGUGAAGACACCUCGGAUGCCCUUGAAAACAAGGCUUAACACAGCAUAGGUUUUUAGCAUUUACCGCCAGUAAAGUGAAAUGGCAUCCAUUUAUAAAAGUUUAGCAAUUAUAGCAAUGUUUUUUAUGUCUCCUGUUAUAAUACCUGCACUGUUUUGGUGGUGUGCAUUGUAUGAUUUUUUCACCUCAGAACUACCACCUGGAAUUGAGCAACCUCUAAAGCUUCGUUUUUUCCACUCCUUGAUGAUUACAACCAUAGUCGCGGGAAAGAUUUUGGAGAAGCUGGGGAUCUGCAAUGAUUUAACCAUAAUGAGAGCAGUAUUCGAUGGGAUACCCCCAUGGAGAGAAUCCAAACUGCUUAUCAAAGAUCUCACAGUUGAUGAGGUACCACUGAGGAUUUAUCAGCCCAAAAGCCCACCCACUGGCAAAAGAAGAGGAAUUCUGUAUUUUCACGGAGGCGCUGGCACAUUUGGGAGCAUUAGAGCCUUUGAAAGGGUAUGCCGCCACAUGGCCGAAAAAUGCAACUCRGUGGUUGUGUCUGUUGGGUACCGUCUGUCUCCUGAACACCCCUACCCAGGGCAAUAUUUUGACUGUCUCAGUGCCACCUUAUACUUCAUGAGGAAUUUAGAAGAGUAUCAUGUGGAUCCUGGUCUCAUCAUCAUUAGUGGUGACAGCUGUGGAGCCAAUUUUGCUACAGUUAUUUGUCAAAUACUGCUGAAUGACAGAGAUCUGCCAAAAGUACGUGCUCAGGUGCUGCUUUACCCAGGACUCCAGGGGCUGGAUUUCCAUUUGCCCUCCUACCAGCAGAAYGCUUUUGUCCCCAUGCUGCCCCGGAAGACAGUUAUCUACUUCUGUUUUCGUUACCUUAACAGAAAACCCACAGUUUGGAAAGAUGUUCUACAAAACUGCCAUGUUCCUGUGAGUAUGAGACACAAGUAUAAAAAAUGGGUAAGCGCUGACCUUAUUCCUGAUGAAUUUAAGAUUAGAGGCUACGUACCACUGAAACCCACACCGUAUAAACCUGAAGUCCAUGAAGCUGUCAAAGAAAUUUUAGCAACAACAUUUUCCCCACUUUUAACUGAAGAUUCCAUUAUUUGCCAGCUCCCUGAGGCCUACAUUGUGACGUGUGAGUUUGAUGUGUUGAGGGAUGAUGGUCUGUUAUACAAGAAGAGACUAGAGGACAAUGGUGUUCAAGUGACCUGGUAUCAUUCUGAGAAUGGCUUCCAUGGAAUUUUAGCCUUUUUUGGCUAUGGGRUUUUUUCCUUUUUAUCUGCAAAUAAGAUAAUGGAUGGUAUUGUGAAUUAUAUAAACAGUUUAUAGAAGUGUUUUUCAAAAGAAAAGUGCAAGUCAUGUAGUCAUCUUUGAUUAAUUUAUACUUGGCAAGGAAUGUAAACAUUUCUGAUUUAUAGUUUGGAUUUUGCCUGYAUUUUAUAGUUUCUGAUUUCUGCUUCUGUAGUGACUCUCAAACAAAUUUAGGAUUAUUUAAAGUGCCACCAUUCCACAAAAUACUGUUGUAAUAACACACCAGUAAGAUUGAGAUGCAAAGGCAAGGCACCUAGCACAUCCCUUAUCACCAAAACUAUACCAAUUCCAGUAUCUUUGCAUGGCUGGCACACACUGAAGCCAAGAGAGAAGAAUCUUCCUUGAAUCUGCCCAGAAAUACCGAAGACAAGAAGUGAGGUCUGCUUGGUUCCUUAUGACAGACAGGAGCUAUUGAUGGUAUCAGAUGGAGAACUCAGCUUCUAUGAAGUCUUACAGCAGACACUGAAAUUGCAGCCAUGAAUUUAAUUUCUAGUCUGUACUAGACCACACUGCUCGAGAAAUAGGGAAGUUAAAAGGAAGGUUCCUGUCUGGAGCAGAAAUCCUAAACUGCAACUAGCAYGGGUUUGAUUUUGUUUGGGAUCUGAGAAAUGCUUCAUUUUGGAACUCCAUUCUCAAACUGGAAUCCCUGAACUUCAGUGAGUGUGUCCAUGUUAGGGAAGUUCAGAGGCGAGAAUUUUCUGUAGCCUUUGUUUAUUUUCAAGAUUAUCUUAUGCUCAAGGCUACCUGUUCUGCUGUGUUGAAGAAGUUCAGAAAAUCAUGUAAUGAAGGCAGAGAAGCACAAUUUAUAUUAUCACUGUAAUGAUGUGGUGAUUCUGUGAUGCUUUCAACAACAAAAAAUAAAAAUGAGCACUGCAAUUACUUCUGUUAUAAGAGUGAGAGUGACAUUUCCUAAACACAUAUUGACUGAUAAAUUGACUGAAUCGCCGUGGUGAAAAGAAUGACACAACACAGGCACACARAGAAYACAGUCUUGCUAAUUCUACCUGGUCACAUCUGUGCUGUGCACAGUAAUUAACUU